AUGGUCUGGCAGGAUCUCUGUGAGACACCACCGGAUUGGGUAAGACCGUUCCUGCCACCUACCUCCUCUUCCAGGGCAUCAACCCCGGCAGUUAUGCUCCCUGUCAAGACACCCUCUCCGUCGCCUCUCACUGUUCUGCCCGAGUCGCAGGCUGACCUCAUUGUGUUUGACUCAGACUCGCCUCCCCCUUAUCCCUCUGCCCCUCAACCUCCGGCUCCGGCUCCAUUGCCUCCAGCCCCUGCGGCUCCUGAACCCCUGCCCUCCCCCUCUUCACCCUUAUCCCUCACCUCUUCUGCCUCCUCCCCCUCAUCGCCUCCAGAGGGAGGACCUGCCCAGGGAACCCGAAGUCGGCGAGUACAAGGUCCUCAGGAUGUAGCCGUAACUCUCCCCCUGCGACUCUUCGGGCCAAUGAUAGAUAAUGGACAAGGGGGGGGGGAAAUGCAGCCUUUACAAUACUGGCCGUUCUCUUCCUCUGACUUGUAUAACUGGAAAAAUAACAACUCCCCUUUCUCUGAGGACCCUUCGCGUCUUACAGGUCUUGUUGAAUCGCUUAUGUUUUCACACCAACCAACUUGGGAUGAUUGUCAGCAGUUGAAUACCCUUUUCACCACUGAGGAAAAGGACCAGAUACUCCUGGAAGCCCGGAAAAAUGUCCCGGGACAGGAUGGGUGGCCGACCCAGCUCCAGAACAUCAUUGAUGAUCUAUUUCCCUUACGUCGGCCGAAUUGGGACCCUAACACACAUGAAGGUAGGGGGCAUCUGUCCACCUAUCGCCAGUCUCUAGUGGCGGGUCUCCGUGCGGCCGCUCGUAGGCCCACUAAUCUGGCUAAGGUAAGGAAAGUUACACAGGGACGGGAUGAGUCUCCCUCAGUGUUUUUGGAGAGGCUUAUGGAAGCCUAUCAGUAUACACCUUUUAAUCCACAGUCUGAGGAGCAGCGAGCCUCAGUGACCAUGGCUUUUAUCGGCCAGUCUGCCCCAGAUAUACGCCGUAAACUACAGCGUAUAGAGGGACUCCAGGAUUUGACUCUAAGAGACUUGGUCAAGGAAGCAGAUAAGGUGUUCCACAAGAGGGAGACUGAAGGGGAGAAGGAACAAAGAAAAGAAAAGGAAAGGGAAAGUAUUCGGGAUAAAAAAAGAAAUCGGGAUUUAACAAAAAUCCUGGCUACAGUAGUAGGAAAUGCAGAAUCUAACAGAGGCAGGGGAAAUGGAAAGGGAGACAAUAAGGGAAAUAACCUGGGCCGAUGGUGUCGCUCUCCCUUGGGCCCGGACCAAUGUGCCUACUGCAAAGACAAGGGACACUGGGCAAAGGAGUGCCCCAAAAAGAAAAAUGCCCAAUCUAAACCAGCAGUCCUUGCCCUCGAAGAGGAAGAUUAGGGGCAACGGGGCUCAGAUCCCCUCCCCAAGCUCAGGGUAAAAUUUAACGUGGAGGGGAUGCUCAUCAACUUUGAAGUGAAUACUGGCAUGGUUUAUUACGCUCUACAAGCCCCGCUAGGACCACUGUCCAGCAAGAGAUCCCUAGUUAGAGGGGCAAACGGGAGCUGGUACUGGUCCUGGACAACAAAGAGAACUAUGGACCUGGGGAGGGGAAAAGUUCAACACUCCUUCCUAGUAAUCCCUGAUUGUCCGGCCCCCUUAAUGGGGAGAGACCUACUCACCUUGUUGUGGUAA